UCAGCUAAGUAAGCAAGUGUUUACAAAUUGGUGAUUACAGCGUUAGCUACUAGAGGCUUAUAUAACCUCGAAUAUUUUCUUAGUGUAUACCGUAAAAAUUCGCAGUGAUUACUUAUAACCAAUCGAGUGAUGGAAAGCUUCGGAGAUUCAAUUAGAGUGAAAAAAGAACCAAAUGAAAUUUGGUCAGAUGUAGGCGACGAUUAUAAUUUCAAUUUGAUGUAUUCUUACAAAGUCAAAAACUUUGAAGCAUCUCCAGUCUUUAAAACAUCAGAAAAUCCAAUGAAUGAGAAUAUUGCUUUACAAAAAAAGUCGGAUGCAAAAAUAUCUAUAGAAUUUGAGUGCAAAGAUGUUAAAGUUGAACCGACGCCUCAAUCGACAGCUGUCUGCAAAUCUGAGGUUCAAAAUGUUCAACCUAUUAUAGCUAAAAUGGAAAACGAAAAUCAGAUCAAUGACGUGAAUGAAAAUAUAUUCAUUGAUUUGGAAUGCAAAAAUGUGAAAUUUGAACAAAAAACCAUCCACAAAACUGAAUAUCAGUGUAAUCUACCCAUUGUGAAAGUAGAAAAUCAAUUUCAGAUGAAUCUGGAUCGAAAAACUUAUCUGGGUGAGGCUAAUCUAGAAACACAUAUCAAUCCAACAAGUAAAAGAAUUAGAACACAUGAAUGUGAAAUUUGCCAUAAAUCAUUUGAUUAUCCAAGCUACCUCAAACGUCAUGUUAAUGCAGUACAUGAUCGGAGCCAAUCGUUCGAAUGUGAGAUUUGUCACAAAUUAUUUGGAUACCAGAGCCACCUCAAAUCUCACAUUACUACAGUGCAUGAUCAGAGUAAACCCUUUGAAUGUGACAUUUGUCAUAAAUCAUUUGGACUAAAUCAGAAUCUCAAAUCUCACAUUGAUAUAGUGCAUAAUCGAAGGAAACCCUUUCAGUGUGAGAUUUGCCACAAAUCAUAUAUCUGCAACGGUCACCUUAAUACACACAUGAGUGCAGUACAUAAUCGUAGCAAACCCUUUGAAUGUAAGAUUUGUCACAAAUCAUUUGGAUACCAGCAAGUACUCGAUAAUCACAUUGGUACAGUACAUGAUCGGAGCAAACCCUUCGAAUGUGAUAUCUGUCACAAAUCAUUUGGGCGAAAAAGUUACCUCAAUCUUCACAUCAAUACAGUACAUGAUCGGAGCAAACCCUUCGAAUGUGACAUUUGCCACAAAUCAUUUGGACAAAAACAACACCUCAAAACUCACUUUACAGGGAUGCAUAAUCGAAGCAAACCCUUUGAAUGUGAUAUUUGCCACAAAUCAUUUGGACAAAAAGGUAAUCUCAAAUCUCACAUAAAUACAGUACAUAAUGGAAGCAAACUCUUUGAAUGUGACAUUUGCCACAAAUCAUUUGGAGAAAAAGGUAACCUUAAUAAACAUAUGAAUUUAGUACAUGACCGUAGAAAACCUUCCGAGUGUAAUAUUUGUCACAAAUUAUUUGGAAAAAAAUGUAACCUCACUAAACAUGUAAAUACAGUACAUAAUCAAAGAAAACUCUUUUAAUGUGAGAUUUGUCACUUAUCAUUAAGACUAAAACAGAACUUCAAAACUCACAUAACGGAGAUACAAUAAUCGGGGCAAACUUCAGGAGCGUAAGAUUUGU